AUGACACGAGCUGCCGUGGGUCGGACCGGAGGCCAACGCAGGGGACGCGACUUCGUGUGGCCUUCAGGAGCCCGUUUCGUGGGUCUGAACUGGUCUCACACCGGCGGGAAGAAGCAACCGCAACCGGACAACCGCGAGCAAGGGGGCGAGAACUGCGUGGCCGUCCUCAAACGACUUCUACGACGACGGCGUCAGGUGGCACGACAUCGCCUGCCACCACGAGAAGUCCAUCAUCUGCGAGCGCGACGACUGAGAGCUCGGGCGGAGGCCAGGGGCGGCGUCCCUUGGCGCGCAGUUGGGCGCUCUGCGGGAAGGAAUCUCUGCCGAAGGACUCUUGGCUUCUGGCGAGGAAUGUCCGUAUUUAUUCCUAUUUAUGUGCGAAUAAGAAUAAAAAAACGAUUUAUGCGCAUGUUUCUAUCACGACUGACCUUUUGUGAGGCAUUCCUGGUCCAAGGAGUGAUAGGAUUCCCAACAGAAAUCGUAACACAGCAGUCCUCGUCGAAAAGGAAACACGAAGAUAACCUACGUAAUUUAGCAGAAAAAGAUCGCUGGCUUUCCAACUGCAAGGUGUCAGGGUCCCGCUCAGCCAUGAGUACUGGUGUCAGCUGGGGUCAAGGUCAAGGCAGAGAGGGACUCGCCGCAGCGCCGCUUCUGCCGCGGCUUAAAGGUGUGCGAGUUCGUUUUCAUGCGUGCGGCUUUGGCCACUUGGAUACAGGACUCAUCUUGGCGUAUUUUUUACCUUAG